GGGUGGGGCAUGUCGCACAGGCUGCUGGCGGCGGUGGGGAGCCGGACGGCGGCUUUGCCGCUGGCCGCGCUAUGGCGAUGUGGCUGGGGCGCCGGGGAUCACAGCACGGCCAGAGUGGGCCUGAGGGUUCUGGAAACCACCCGGCAGGGAAUCCACUUUCAGCAGCCGGCUCUGCAGGGAAGGCCGUACUCGAAAGCUCCCAAAGGCUUUGAGAAGUAUUUUAAGAGAAGCGGAAGAAGCACAGGCAAAGAAGAGUCGGCACCUCCGAAGAAAGAUGCUGAUGAACCAAAGAACCAUGGACUCGGAGGAAAUGGCGGCAAGAGAGGAGGGCAAGAAGGAUGACUUUGCAUGUGGGCACGGAUACAGAAGGGAGAGUUCCCUUGGGACAACAAAGAUUUCCGUAAUCUGGCUGUCAUGGGAGCAGGCUUCGCCAUGGGAUUUUUCUACUUGUAUUUUCGAGAUUCUGGAAAAGAAAUCACUUGGAAGCAUUUUGUACAAUAUUACUUGGCCAGAGGACUGGUGGACCGACUUGAAGUUGUGAACAAGCAGUUUGUGCGUGUGAUUCCUACUCCUGGAGUAUCUUCUGAGAAAUCCGUGUGGUUUAACAUCGGCAGUGUUGACACGUUUGAGAGGAAUUUGGAAUCUGCCCAGUGGGAAUUGGGAAUUGAAGCUGCCAAUCAGGCAGCAGUGAUUUAUACUACUGAGAGUGAUGGCUCUUUCUUAAAAAGCCUAAUUCCCACUCUGCUUCUGAUUGGGAUUUUCCUCUAUGCUCUGAGGCGAGGCCCAAUGGGAGCAGGAAGGGGGGGACGAGGUGGGGGCCUCUUCAGUGUUGGCGAAACAACUGCCAGAAUCCUGAAGAACAACAUCGAUGUGCGGUUUGCUGACGUGGCGGGCUGUGAAGAAGCCAAGCUGGAAAUCAUGGAGUUUGUGAACUUCCUCAAGAACCCCAAACAAUAUCAGGACCUCGGAGCCAAGAUUCCAAAGGGGGCUAUGCUCACUGGGCCUCCUGGUACUGGGAAAACACUCCUUGCCAAAGCAACUGCAGGGGAGGCCAAUGUUCCUUUUAUCACUGUGAAUGGCUCUGAGUUCCUGGAGAUGUUCGUGGGAGUUGGGCCUGCGAGGGUUAGGGACAUGUUUGCAAUGGCUCGAAAAAAUGCUCCCUGCAUCCUAUUCAUUGAUGAGAUUGAUGCAAUUGGAAGAAAACGAGGUCGUGGCAAUUUCGGAGGGCAAAGUGAACAGGAAAACACCUUGAAUCAGAUGCUUGUUGAGAUGGACGGAUUUAACUCCAGCACCAAUGUUGUGGUACUUGCGGGGACCAACCGCCCAGACAUCCUGGACCCAGCACUAAUGAGACCAGGGCGCUUUGACCGUCAGAUUUACAUUGGGCCCCCUGAUAUAAAAGGCAGAUCUUCCAUCUUUAAAGUCCACCUUCGGCCACUGAAAUUGGAUGAAAGUAUUGGCAGAAAUGCCCUGGCUAGAAAAUUAGCAGCUUUGACUCCAGGAUUUACUGGCCUUGAGAAGAAGACUCAGGUUCUCCAGCCCAAUGAGAAGACAACUGUAGCUUAUCAUGAAGCCGGUCAUGCUGUGGUGGGUUGGUUCUUGGAGCACGCAGACCCCUUACUAAAGGUGUCUAUCAUCCCCCGAGGAAAGGGACUGGGUUAUGCGCAGUACCUGCCCAGGGAGCAGUACCUCUACACCCGGGAACAGCUCUUUGAUCGCAUGUGCAUGAUGUUAGGGGGCCGAGUGGCUGAGCAGCUGUUCUUUGGCCGUAUCACAACAGGGGCUCAGGAUGACUUGAAGAAAGUGACACAGAGUGCAUAUGCACAGAUUGUCCAGUUUGGGAUGAGUGAGAAGCUAGGCAAGUGUCAUUUGAUUUACCCCGGCAAGGGGAAGCCCUCGUGGAGAAGCCCUACAGUGAAGCGACCCGCCCAGCUCAUUGAUGAGGAAGUGCGCCACCUGAAUCAACUCGGCUAUUCCAGAACUUUGGAAUUGCUGACCCAGUGUCGGGACCAGGUAGAAAAGGUAGGAAAGCGUCUCCUGGAGAAGGAAGUGCUAGAGAAAGCAGACAUGAUUGAACUGCUGGGCCCUCGGCCUUUUGAAGAGAAAUCGACUUACGAAGAGUUUGUGGAGGGCACGGGGAGCUUGGAGGAAGACACUUCCCUUCCAGAGGGCCUGAAGGAUUGGAACCGAGAACGGACAGAAGAAAGCACCGAGAAACAGGUCCAGGAAAGUACUGUGUAAACCAGCCAAGGCCUCCGAGCAUUUGCACUUUGGGGGGUGUCCCCACUCUCGUCACUGUACCUCUGGGGCUAUGGCCCCCAGCGCCUCUAACUAUCAGCAGGAAAGUAGCUUUCAGAAUCCCUGGGAAGCAGAUUAAAGCACAUUUUAAGUACCAAUGGGUGUUUGAAAGGAGGGCUCUUUGGAACAAACCAGGAGUCCUCAUGCCGGAAACUUGCACGAAGCCAGUGAGCUGAACUGCAGCCAGGGAGGGAGCUGAAGAAAAUAACGGGCAUUUAGUGUUGUGCAUUCCUAGCUCCCAUCCUGAGGUGAGCAAGGGUCUGAACAGGUGAAGCAAGAGGCCCAAGGCUUUGUUUUUAAUAAGCCACAGCUCCCAUUUGAUAGAUGGACCUUUCCAUCUCCUAAAGGAACAGGAGACUGGAAAGAAUUCAGAAUAGACCUAGGGAGCUAGGAGGGGGGAAGGACAUUUCUUCUCCCUCCCACCCCCCACCCCCCUCAAAAUAACUAAAAUCAGUGGUUAAAUCACCAAGCCAGUCAGUAUUUGGGAGAGGAUUUUUUUAUAUGCCUUUGCUGUUGACUCCCCUCACUCUUCCUUUGUGAAGACUUUUAAACACGGGCUCAAGUUUUCAGUAUGUAAGAGGGAGAGGAAAUUAAAGAAGAGGGAUGGUUUGAGCUGUUUGAUGGAGGAAGUGUUUAGAUUUAGCAAAAGCCUCUUUUUUUGCUAGAAUAAAGCUACGUGCAGCCAGACCAGAGAUCGUAGAUGGUGAGGAGCAACAGCGUGCUGGGGGCGGAGGGCGAUGGGCUCAGCCAUUUGACCUUGGAUCGUCACUCCAGCAUCCUGCUGUGGCUGCUGCUCUGAAGAUGAGGGGCGCAGGGCAUGUUUCUCAAAACCUCCCAGCAGUCAGGGCAGGUUUCAGUAGUCCAAGUCUUCACUCCAGUGUCCCAUCUGGUGGAUUCCUGCACAUUCUGUGGCAGUCUCACACUAAACUCUAUGCAUCGUAUUGUACCAACAGUGAGGGCUCACCUUCUGGGGCCUGGAGGCUCAACCGACCAGACCCCUGCCCAGGAUGCCCUUCCCACAAGGUCUCGUGCUCUGCUGCUCACACUCCCUGUGUCAUGAAAGCCAGGUUGGGGUCCCCUGAGGAAAUGGGACUAAAUGGAAUCUCCUCCUGGCAAGACUCUUUGACCUGCCGGAUUUCUGAUUCUCACCCUCUCUUACUCCUGCUCCUGUCUUCCUUUCUUUUGAGGGAGGUUGGUGACAUCAAACACUGAAGUUAAUUAAUUUUUUCUCAUUCUGAAUUGGUCUUUGAUCUAGUUCUUUUCUGAUAUCUUGAACUGAAAGAGGCUCACAUUUGAUUUGGGAAAUCAUUGCAGAGUAUAGAUGUUCAAAAUAUUUUGUCUUGCCCAGCAUCCAUAAAUGAUGAUGGCCAGGAUACGGGGUCUAGGACAAUUCCAUUCUUUUGGGUGAAGAUUUUCUUCUUUAGUUUUUUUGGGUUUUUGUUUUUUACCAAACGUAUUGCCAUGGGAUUUAACCUUUUUGUUUUGUUUUGUUUUUUAAAGCCUUCGAGGAAUUUCUCUAACCUAUAGAUCCUAGUGCCUAGACCUGUACAAGGUCCUUAGGCAAAAUUGUAGAAAUUUGAGACGAUCUUGAGAGAUUGAUAUAACUUAACCCCUUGCUUUCAGAUUGGCGAAUGCCCAAACCAUCCAGAAGAAACAGUGAUCUCUUUCUUCCUAGAGAUUGUUAGGAAAAGAGAGGCCAUUGACUGCCUUGGUAUCCCAUUCCUGUUCUUUAUUUCCGCCCCCCCCCCCAUAUCAAGAUCUUCUAAAUGAGCCUUUUGGGGGAACCUAGCUGGAUCCAGCUUGCUGAAUGAGAAAGUGAUUGGGUCUGCAGCACGUUAUACCGUCCUUCAUGUGCCAGUCAGCUUCAGUGCUUGUGUUUUCUCAGCCUUGUCUGGUUACAACUAGACGAGAGAAGACUGUGUUUGAGAAAAGCUGUUCGUUCUCUCUCUCUCUCUCUCUCUCUCUCUCUCUCUCUCUCUCUCUCUCUCUCUCUUUCUUCUAGAGAGACUGCCAGCCCCAGGCUCUGCUCCACCUAAUGAGCCCACCUCCUCCCCUGCUUCCUUUUCCCUUCCCCUCUAUGGAAAUGCUCAGUCACUCUGCUUCACAGCCCAUCUCAAAGGGCUAUGGGUACCUUACAUCAGAUGGCAUGUCAAGACCUUUUAGGGAAGGCUGAUUUACUUCGAUCUUGGAAAGGGGAACAAAGAAAACCAUAGUGCUGUGUCACCCAAGAUGUCUUAGAGCAGAGUCAUUCUUGCCUGCAUUCUCCUGGGCACCAGCUGGCUGGCACACAUCGUCGAUAGGGAGUGAAACCCUAUCGGAAAUUAGAUGCCUUUUCUAGGCUAUGUGGCUGCUCCAAGUGCAUAAUCUAGGAAGCUUCCCAAGGUUCAUUGAAAGUACUGUAUCCAAUGAAAUUGGGGGUGCCUGUGAGGUGGGGGGGUGGAGUAGCAGGAAGGGGGGUAGUCUGGUUGUUUGCCUAAGUCAGACACUGCUGCUUUUUAAAAAAAUAAGGACACUAGGUCCCCCUUAAGACAAAUCCACACCCACUUCUCAGAAACAGCAUUGACCCAAGUUUCAUUACAUGUCGUGUAUUAGGCAGUUUGACAUUUCAGUGGGCGUGAUUUUCAGGUUGUGCUAUUUAACAGAAAUGCCUGUGGUAGCCUGGGAAUGACUUGCAGCAGGCUGGCUAGAACAUUCUUGCUCCAGAAAAGGCACUUGUUUUGAAAUAGGACUGAUGAUCCUUGUUAUCUACCUCAUUGGAAGGGGGGGGAUGUGAGAGAGUUCAUGAACCAGCCAUGCCCUGGAGGAAUAAUGCAUUUUCUCAGAGCUGUGGGGAUGAAUAAUCCUUCCCGCUUCACUGCUGGACCUACCAUUGCUGCAUUUCUCUACUUAGACUUGCUAUUUUUAAGCCAGGCAGCUCACCUCAUGGGGUUUGACUACAAGAAAAUGUCAGAUUCUAGGGGAGGAUUUUCUUAGGCUCCUGCCUGACAUCAUGCCUCUUGGGAGAGCUCUCAGCUGAAGAGACCGAGUGUAAUCUCCGACCUAUUAAGUGUUGACUCUGUCCUAGGCACUGUGCUAAGCUCUGGAAACAUAAAGGAAAAUUUGAGUUAGGCCAGAAAACAACGGCUGUUUGACUAGGCUGGGAUGUUAAUGUUACAAUUUGGGAAAGUGACUUAAGGCCUGUCUUCUUGUGAAGGCUAAAGAACUCUCAUGUUCUUUCUAUUUCACUCCUUUGAAAAACUUGAGUCUCAUGGUGAGGUUCAUGAUCCUGAUCCUGGCCUUGACCCUGAAACCCAUGAGUCAAAUCUGACAUGAAAUCUCUCUUCAGUUGCUCAGACUCACAGUGCUGUGUUCUGUUGGUUCUCUCCAAAUGAGGGAAUGUUCAUCAUUCAUGCUUCUGUUCUUUCUCCCAUUCAUUUAGGGGAGGUCCCCCGUGGCCAGGGACAAAAGUGACUGGCAUUCCUUUCUGUGUUUCUGUGAUUAUCACAUGUCUUGGCUAAAAGAACAACAGAAUCGUGCUGGACGAAAUAAAGUUUAUGUAAUUCUUUUUUACACACCAGUAAAGAGCUUCAGCAGCUAAGUAGUGACCCUAAAUCUGUUCUCCCUGGGGUAGCUAUAAGACUUGUACAAGCUUGACUUCCCCUUCCUGCCUAUUGUGGUGGGAAGUACAAGACCUCAUUCUCACUCCUGAUCUUUACAUUGUCUUGGAUAUGUCUCCUUCUGCAUUCAAACUGUCAGCAUAUCCUGUGUCAUGGGGUCCCAUUUCUUGGAUUCACUUCUCAUUCUUGAUACAGACCAUGGUCAUCCUUUCCAAUGUUUGCCACCUUGUAUGACCUUGGACAGUCUCUUCAUCUUUAAAAUUCAAAGCCCACUUGAUCAGAAGGCCUCCCAGGACCCUCCCAGCUCCAGGUCUGUGGGCCUGUGAGCUCACUCCCGCACUGGCCUCCCUGCUUCCCAGUCCUCUGCCGUUAUAGUCAAUGUCAGCCACCAAAUGCCACGAUCACAGUUCUCCCCCCAUCAGCUAGGUCACCUCCCUUCUCCAGGUCCUCAUGUAAUCCUCAUCAGACUCAGAUUACAAAUGUUGCUGGUCAAGUCCCUUUAUAUCUAUCUGGAACAUAUCUUUAUUUAUUUGUAAACAAUUAGCUAACUCUAAAAUUCUCAUAUUUCAGUUUGGGGAACUCAUUUAUUUUUGCAUGUGUUCUUAGAGGUGGAGGGAGGAAGGGAGUGGGUUAGAAUGACUUAUUCUAAUCCCUGUUCCCUUUGAAAUACUACUUUAUGUUGAAUUAUACAAACCGCCUGUUAAAUGGCAUUCCACCAAAUCAAAUGAAAAACCAUGAAGCAAACCACACACAAGUUAAUGAAAACACAAUAAACGUGGAAUGUUCAAAUGUAAAUGAACGCGUCUGGUUUGUUUCUUCAGAAUUGUGAGCUGCUUGAAGACAAAGGCUACCUCUAACCCUUAGCAAAUGUGGGCAUUCGCUAGCGUUUGAUGGUGAUAAAAAACCUGCUGGAAAAAAAUAUUUACAGUACAGGGUGGGAGGUGAUUUCUCCUCUCUGGUUUGGUCUGUGAGCUGCUAAUCCGGGUUAGACUGAAAACCAAGUUACCUUGUCUGUAGUCAACCAGAGGAAUAACAUAACAGAAAUCUUUUAACAGCAGCUUUCAUUCUUCCCUCGACCAGAACAGGAAACUCAACCCUCUUGUACAUGGGUGAGCUUAUUGAGGGAUUUUGGACCAGAGGUUCUCAUCUUUUUGUGUGUCACGGACCCCUUCUCAGGAUGUUCUAUUAAAAACAAGUCCACUUUAUUAGCUGUGUGACCCUAGGCAAGUCACUUAAUCCCAAUUGCCUCACCAAAAGAAAAGAAAGUCCACAGACCCCUUUCCUUACACCUAUGUAGGCAGAUACACCAGAAUCUUUCCCUUUGGCUACUUGGUGAGUAGUAGCAGUUCAGCAGGGGCCGGUCUCUGGCACCAAAGCCAGGAGCUGAGGUGUGGCCCCGCACUGAAUUUUUACUUGAGCUACAUGAGGAACUGAAGCAUAAGUAGGUUUUUGGUCUAUUAAACAGAUCUUUGUCUCAGCUCUCUCCUUUCAGACCUGGCCUACACACGCUGCUUUGACUAAAGUCAGCUGUUGUUGGGCCCUGAAACUCCUCUCGCCCACAGCCAUCCACCAGAAAGAGAAUAGUCCUGGAAGGUUGCUUCCCCAGCCUCAUCCAGGUGUCUAAAUUGCUUAGUGGGGUUGUACGGGAAUAAGAUUUUAAAAAUGUUCUCUCACAAUCCCUUUCACCAGCAUCAUUCCAGACUUGAAAAUGGAGGCCAAUCUUCCCUAUAACAUGACCCAGAUAAGCCUGUUUGAGCUCCAGUGGCAUUCAGCAAUUUAGGAAACAAUGUGGAAGCCUGUGGGUGCCCUGAAGGGGAAGCAGCACCCCCUCAGCUGAGCUGACCUCGCAGUGCUGCUGUCUUCCCUCAGCUCCCGCACUGUUCUUUAUGCGAUCCUGCUCUGGCUACUCCUCCACGAUGUCCUCUGAGAAGUUAGAAACCAACAAGACACCUUCAAAUUAAGGGGAUGAGGUUUUAAUACCAUUUUUUUUUUCCAAAUGACACUAUAGAAAGCCGCUACGUGAACUAAUGAACAGUACAAUACACAAGAGGGACAGGUCACAGAUGAGUGGACGGCAUGUCGUGCUGCUCUAGCUGCCUUCACGUGAUAAAGUUUAAAAGCAAAACAAGGUGAGAAAUUUAUUUUUAUUGUGUAGGGCAAGUAUCAUAUUGCUCAGUACCUUGACCCACUGGCAUGAUUACUUGGCUGUACUGGUGUCCCAGUGGUAGAGAAGGUUGAGGAAGGAAACGCACAAAGGUCAACCCAGCAAUUGGUCCUUUUUAUAUAAUUUAGGGAAGUGAAUUCCUCCACUGCUUUUUUGGGAAAUUAAUUGCAAAGAACACAGCAGGCCUGAUGGCAUGUUUGUUGAACACAGUGGGUAGUUUUCAUCUUGACAGAUUCUUGGUUUAUAAGUAUCUGGAGCUCACUAUGUAUAUAUAUAUAAGGGAAGACGAAACACAAGCGUGGGUAUUCCAGCCAGCUAAAUGAAGCCAGAAGCCUCUGGUGGCAUGGACGUGUCAAUUUGAGUGAGAGGUGCCAGCAGGUCUGCCAACUGGCAACUGGCCAGCGCUACCGAGCAUUUGGGAGGUGGCUUGAUUAACGGCCCCUGAAAUCAGGGACUCGGCCCCGAGCCUUCUAUCACUGGCAUGCCCAGAAUUCUUGAGGGCAGGAACCCUAGCUAGUUCUCCCUUGUUACUCUCACAGUACUCAGCACAGUGCCUUGCAAAUAGCAGGUAUUCAAAGAUCUGAUGUGACUCUAUUUGAGUCCAUCUCCGUUGGAAGAACCUAUUUUUGUAUCCAUAUCAGGAGCUUAAAUGGAGAAAGGAAAAUGCUUGAAGGUCCCCACAAUCUAUGGUUCAAGCAAAAAAGUGAGUCCAGAUCCUGUUCUGAAACCAAUUGUUGACAUGGUAUCAGUUCAUCCUUGGUGAUUGUCUGUCAUGACCCUGGUUCAAGGGAAUUUAAACAAUUUAAACAGUCAUCAGCAAGCAGCCAGGUUGGGUGCCUCUUUGAGUAAAAGAGAUGUCGGCUCUUGGUGACUUCUGGAGCUCCCUCAUUUUCCUACAUCUAAGCUUGCAAGAAACUGUCAUCUGCGAAGUCCCUCCUUUGGGCAGUCCCAGAAGCUACAUCUGAAAAAAAAUGGUCCCUGCUUCCUUUCAGUAUAAAGUGACACCAAGCCAGACAGUACCAUAUGGAGGCACGGAGGACUAUGGGGACGUGAUAGGCAGCCACAGGCUCAAAGCUACUUUGGGGGGGUGAUGCGUUUACAUGAGAUUAACUGGAGAUGAUGUGUAGGACAGGGAAGCCAUGUUAUUGGGAUGUGAGAAGUAACCCCUUAAGAAGGUUGUGGGGGCGGGGAAGGGGGAGUGUCUUUUCCUCCCCACACCAUAACGGUUUCAGGGAGGUGCCAUGGUUCCUUAGGCAGUUUUGGCAUUAUUUGGUGUUCUGAGCAAGGUAGGAAAUAGGCCAGAGUCCCCUCAGUCUUCAGUUGACAGAGGGAAAGGCCAGCCCACAGGUCAUCAAGGGUCUGGGUUACAAAGCUGAUCUAGCGUUCGGCUCUCUAACCCAAGGAAGGACUUGGGGGAAAG